AUGGCGGAUAAGUUCCUCCAUAACGUCCAUUCGUGGAAUUCUGCCAGCGCCUCUGCUGGGGAUAGCGGGGCAGGUAAAUCAAAUAAGAAGGGGUUUGUGAUAGAUGAUGAUGAAUACUCUGUCAUAACUGAAUUAUCUGAGGAAACUGUUAUUCCUAAAGAGGAGGGUGAUGAUGCAGCAAUUACAUUUGGUGUGACAAAAAAGAAGUCAAAGGCAAAGGCAAAAAAGAGUGGAGAUAGCAGACGUGCUGGUGUUUCAGAUUUUGGGUUGUUAGGAGUAGAUGAUGAUGCUGAUAGUAAGGAAACAGAUGAUGAGGAUGAAGCAUUAGGCUUGCCUGGCAUUUCUUUUUCUGCGAAGAAGAAGCCUUCUAAGAGUAAAAAGAGUGUGUUUUCUGCAUUCGAAUUGCUUGCUGGAGAGGAAGAGUGCAGAGAUAAUGAUGAGACUUCCGACGAUGAUGUUUGUAUUACUUUCACUGGUAAAAAGAAGAAGUCAUCAAAGGGUUCAAAGAAGACAUCAUUCAGUUCUGCAUUGCUUGAAGAAGAAAAUGAUGAUGCAUCUUUUUCAAAGGGUGAAGAUGGUUUUGGAAAAGGUGACCAGGAGGAUUAUAUUUUUGCAAAUAAAUUUUUAGGCAAAAAGAAGUAUUCAAAAAAGAAGAAUAUUGAUGAUGGUACUGCAGCUGGAAUUGGAUUUGGUGAUGAUAUUGUUGAGCAUGGUGGUGAUUCUAAGGAUAACAAGCCAAACAAUGAAGAAGUAGCUUCGAAAAACAAAAAGAAGAAAAAGAAAGGUGGGAAAAAUCUUCUAGAGGAAGAAGAGGACCUAGACAAGAUCCUGGCUGAUCUUGGUGCCGGACCUUCUCUCUCUAAACCUCUUCAAGAUUCUGCAGUUGCACCUCUUCCAGAGAAGAAGUUACAGAACCAACCUGCAGAACAAGAGGAGGCUGAAGAGGAGGGGUGUGUGGAGACUGCAACAUCAAAGAAGAAGAAAAAGAAGAAGGACAAAGACAAAGAGAAGAAGGCAUCUGCCGUGGAAGAAAAACCAGAAGAUACAAAUAGUAAAGUAACUGGUAAGAAAGUCCCGAAGCAUGUCAGGGAGAUGCAGGAGAGACUUGCUAAACUAAAAGAGGCUGAAGAGACAAAAAAACGGCAAGAAGAAGAGAAGUUGAGAAAAGAAGAAGAGGAAAGGCUUAAACAAGAAGAACUGGAUAGAUUAGCUGAAGAGAAAAAGCGCUUAAAGAAGGAGAAGCUCCUCAAGAAAAAACAAGAAGGAAAGCUUCUUACAGGGAAGCAGAAAGAAGAGGCUAGGAGGUUAGAGGCAAUGAGGAAGCAAAUAUUAGCUAAUGCAAAAUUGGAUCUACUCACUGGAGAGCCUCCAAGGAGACCUCUGUACCAGAAGAAAAAAUCCAAGCCCCACUACCAAUCUAAUGGAGCAGCUAUUUCAGAAAAUGGAGAGAGCACAGAUGCAAAAGUGAUUCGAGAAGAUGUUGUGUCGGAGUUGGCUUCUGUUGAAGCAGAGAAUGUUGAGGAAGUGGAGUCUCCGAAUGCACCAGUUAAAUCUGAGGUAACUGAUGUUGUUGAUGAUGAAGAAGAAGAUGAUGAUGAAGACUGGGAUGCCAAAAGUUGGGAUGAAGCUGACUUGACGUUACCAGGAAAAAGUGUAUUUGCCGAUGAAGAAGUUGGUUCUGAAUCUGAACCCUUACCUAAGAAGGAUAUGAAGAACAUAGGGACUGCACCUCAAGAUGCUGAGCUGCAUGCAAGCAAACUAAUUGGCUUGGAUUUGAAAGUAUCUUCAGUUAUGCCACCAACGGUGGUGAAUGUGGACGUUCAAAAGAACUCUGAGGCAGAUGGCAAUGAAAAGAACAACAAAAAGAAUUCUUCUGAUCAUGACAAGAAUAACAAAAUAGGAGCUGAUGACGAUCAGCCUGUUCACAAUGGACAAAACCUUCGGUCUCCUAUAUGUUGUAUUAUGGGUCAUGUCGAUGCUGGAAAAACGAAGUUGCUUGAUUGUAUUAGAGGUACACACGUCCAAGAAGGUGAGGCAGGUGGGAUAACACAGCAAAUUGGAGCAACUUAUUUCCCUGCCGAGAAUAUACGGGAGAGAACAAAGGAGCUGAAAGCUGAUGCAAAGCUCAAUGUCCCGGGUUUGUUAGUGAUUGAUACCCCUGGACACGAAUCUUUCACCAAGUUGCGUACUAGAGGAUCAGGAUUAUGUGAUCUUGCAAUUUUGGUUGUUGAUCUAAUGCAUGGGUUGGAACCACAGACAAUCGAGUCACUCAAUCUUUUGAAAAGUGGAAAAACAGACUUUGUAAUUGCCUUGAACAAAGUGGACCGACUUUAUGGCUGGAAGACUUGCCCUAAUGCACCCAUAGGAAAGGCAAUUAAGCAACAAUCAAAAGAUGUCAUGAUUGAAUUUAACAUGAGGCUAACCCAGGUUAUCACCCAGUUUAAGGAGCAAGGCCUCAAUACUGAGUUGUACUAUAAGAACAAAGAAAUGGGGGAAACACAAAACAUUGUACCAACAAGUGCCAUAAGUGGCGAGGGUAUCCCAGAUUUACUGUUACUGCUGGUCCAGUGGGCUCAGAAGACGAUGAUUAAAAGGCUUACAUAUAGUGAGGAAGUGCAGUUUACUUCUCGUGAAUGA